UCUACAACCGUGUGCAAAAAGAAGUGGAGUUUUUGUGUGUGUGUUUUGAGUUGGAAAUAAAAUAUCAGGCCAUGAGAUCCAGCUGGCAGACGGACUGACUGCAUCACUGCUGAUGCCUGUGUGAGCCGAGCGGUGCAGAUGCCGUCUGUCUGGCUCCUGUGUCUGGAGUAAAACCUCUCUGAACCGGAGGAAGGAACCAUGGAGAAACCAGAAAGGUGUGCCUGUAAUACUCAGGAGUGAGGAGGAGAGCAGCUGAGGAGGAGGAGAUGGGCUGCACCUCUGCCAAGCAGGUGUCUGCUGUGCCCAACAGUGAGGAGGGCCAAAGCAAAGCCUACAGCAAUGGGGACCUCCUCUCUGAUGAGUACAAGAUGAAAGGAGUGGAGAAAGUCAAGUACAUCAGUGGAGACGAGGGAGGAGUGGAUGGCCAGGACAGCACUGAGAAAAGUGCUCUACUUGGUAAAGGUCAACACAUGGAUGAAACAGGAUCAAAUGGAAAUGGAAAGAUACUGAGCAUCCACUCGUCAGAGAGUCAGCAAGAAUUCUUCAGGAUGUUGGAUGAGAAAAUUGAAAAGGGCCGGGACUACUGCUCAGAGGAGGACGAUCUGACAUAGCGCUGUGGUUGUGUAUCCGUCAGUCCCAGUAUGAGAGGAACCGUCACUCCAGUGUUAGGGAUGGACCAUACCAUGUUAUACCAUGUCUAAGGGGGACCCUGUCUUGUUUUUGACUGUAUUAAACACACCUGACAAGAAUGGAUUACUGACUGACUUGAAUCAAGCACCUUUUUGCCGUCCUGCUCAUCUGAUCAACCUCCCGAGGAACGAUUACAACCAAAAUCAAAGAUGGUUCAGUUAUCAUGGUUCUCCAGUGGGGCAGAACAAUAUUUAGGUUUACAUACCUGAUGAAGCCAUUACACUAUGACAGAGAUCUUGGGACCUCGAGGAACUUUUCUUUCCCUGCUUGGAUAAAUCCUGAAAGCUCAAUAUACACAUGGCUGUUACUGAGAUGUCCUGUAGGCCUUUAAACAGCAGAAGCAACCAGUGCUGUUGUGAACACUGACUCAUAGUGAAAAUAAUCUCUCUAUCUGCGUCAUUUUGAAUAUUUCAUCCUUGAAUGCCUCCCUGAAAAGUCAACAGGUUGGAAACUUCCUGCAUUCCAAGACACAGUAUGAACCUCUUUUCUACAAUAUGUUGGCCAAUACGAUGUGUUCGUCUGUCCCUGUCUGUUUCUGUUACGAUGUAGAGUAUUUAUGUUAUAUAAGGCUCAGGGUUGAAGUGUUGUAAUCAUCGUCUCAUGUAGUCAAGUCCUUCCUCUCAUUUAAGACACUAUUGCACCAUUAUAAAGUCACACAUGCACUCACGCAGCAGGGAUACUGACGCCCCCUGCAGUAUCUGUUCCAUGUUAACCCCACAGGGGGGGACACUGCAAAGUCACAUUGUUAGUCUGAUUCAGUAUUUCGCUCACCAGUAUUAUGUUGUUGUGUUCAGUUUCUAUGUUGAUUUUUUGUUUUUCUAGAAAAAAUAAAAAAGUGUUUUCAGUAAUUUAUC